ACUUUAAAGUCAAGUGCUUUUAAUCAUUUACCAAACAAAACGAAAUUUAUACAGUUAUUAAAAUUAAUAUUAUUAUAAAAUAUUUUAAUAAUAUGAAUUCAAAAAUUGUUGUAAUAUUUUUUUUAAAUCUUUGUGUUAUACCUAAUUUUUCCGAAUCCAGCAGCUCCAGAGAUAAUAUUAUGAACCCAACUAAUCGGGAAUCAAGCAAAUCCAGUAGAAUAAGGAAAACCCAAUAUUUUCCGGAUACAAACCGUACCCGAAAAGAUAUUGGACAUUAUCAGCUUCGAUGGGAAGAUGAGAAGGAAUCAAGUUCUCUGGAUGAACUUAUAGAAACCCCAACUUAUAUGGAAACCAGCCGCACCAAACAAAAUAUUAUAAUCUCAUCUUGUCCGGAUGGUUGUUACACACCAAUAAUUGAACUAUAUCGGAAUUUAACUCCCGAAUAUAUAGAAGAAUGUAAAAAAAUAAAUGAUGGAUACAAGUAUUAUAAUUCAAAUUUUUUGAUAGAAUUAUUAAAAAAGCAUUCAGAGGUUAACAAUAUAUUACACGAUAAUGUUCUUAAACAAAUUUAUAAUGAAACAGUUGUAGUUUUUGGUCUAAAUGAUAUGUAUAAAUAUAUAAAUCUUCACAUUCAAGAAAAGUCAUCUUCUUCUACAUCAUCUUCUACUUUUUCUUUAUCAAAAUUAUUAUCAUGCAGCAGUUCAAAAAACACAAUAGAUUAAAAACUAUUCUUAAGACAGAAAGUAACUCAUAGACGACACCAUGGAAUAUUAUGAAUAAGAAAUUAAUUUUAGUUGUUACAAUUAAAUUACAAGAUUAAUUAAACUAAAUUUAAAAUAUAGUACUUAUAAUUAAAAAAUGAUAAAUUUUAGUUUUGUGUAAAGAAUAAAAUUAAAAAAAUAAAA